AUGGCAUUCGGAGAUGUUAAAACCGCAAAUGGGCUGAAGGAGUUGGACCAAUUCCUUGCUGAUCAUAGUUACGUCGAAGGAUAUACUCCGUCGAAGGCAGAUCUCUCGGUUUUCGAUGCCUUGGGCAAGGCUCCUGCCGCUACCUACGUGCAUGCGUUGCGCUGGUAUAACCAUAUCGCAUCGUUCAACGCCAAGGAGCGCUCGGAAUGGGGCGGUCAAGCAUUGCCGCAGGUUGCCGGUGGAAAACCGACUGCUGCGGCACCGGCCGGCGGUGAUGAUGAUGAUGUUGACCUGUUUGGGUCGGAAGACGAGGAGGAGAGCGCAGAAGCGGCAAAGCUGAAGGAGGAACGUCUGGCCGCGUACAACGCGAAAAAGUCGAAGAAACCUGCCCUAAUCGCCAAGAGCUCCAUUUUGCUGGACGUGAAACCAUGGGAUGAUGAAACGGACAUGAAGGAAAUGGAGAAGAGCGUCCGUAGUGUCGAGAUGGAUGGACUUUUGUGGGGAGCGGCCAAGCUCGUGCCGGUCGGUUACGGCAUUCACAAGCUGCAGAUUUGCUGCGUUAUCGAGGAUGACAAGGUUUCGGUCGAUUUGUUAACAGAGACGAUUCAGGAGUUCGAGGAUUACGUCCAGUCAGUCGAUAUUGCUGCAUUCAACAAAAUUUAA